AUGAACUCACGUAAAAAUGGCCGUCGAAACAGCUCAGCAGGCAGGUCAGAAAACGGAGGAGCCUGCAACUCGCCCAGAGGCUGUGCAGACUGAGAACCAGCUCGAAGUUGAUGAUGAUGGUAUUGAGAGUGACUCUACGAUCGACACCACGGAACAAUCUUCCAGCUUUCUGUCGUCUCUCAAGUCAAGUAUAUACAACUACAGAUAUGAUAACGGACGCCGCUAUCAUGCGUUUCGUGAAGGCACUUACCUAGUGCCAAACGAUGACGAAGAACAAAACAGGAUGGAUCUCAUCCAUCACAUCUACAGCCUCGUCCUUCGAGGGAAACUUCACCUCGCCCCAAUUCGCGAUAAGCCUCAACGCGUACUCGAUUUAGGUACCGGCACUGGUAUCUGGGCGAUUGAUUUUGCGGAUAUAUACUCGUCAGCAGAAGUUGUCGGGACAGAUCUCAGUCCCAUUCAGCCCGACUGGACUCCGCCAAACUGCGUCUUCGAAAUCGACGACUUCGAGGAUGAUUGGGUUUACAAGAACCCAUUCGACUUCAUCCACGCACGCGAACUUGAAGGCUGCAUCUCGAAUCCUGAGAAGCUGUUCCGGCAAGCGCUCAAAAGCCUGACUCCGGGGGGAUACUUUGAGCUGCAGGCCCAGCGCGGUUGCUUCAUGUCCGAUGACGGCACCGCCGACAAGGCCACGACUCUUCAGAGCUGGGCCGAGAAGAUCCUCGAGAGCAGCAGCAAGUUUGGAAAGCCGAUCGACUGCGCGCACUUAUGGAAGGAGGUGAUGGAGAAGGUGGGCUUCGAAGAUGUUCAUGAGGAAGUUCGCAAGAUUCCGAUUGGCCCUUGGCCCAAGGAUCCAGCGCUCAAGGAGAUUGGCAAAUGCCAGCUUGUGCAAUCGGCGCAAGCUAUCGAUUCGUACACACCCAAGCUCUUUGGAGCCGUUCUUGGUUGGAGCCAGGAGGAGAUCCAGGUCAUGAUGGCUCAGGCUAAGUCGGAGCUCAAGGACCGAUCGAUUCAUCUCUACCUCCCGGUUUACUUCAUUUGGGGUAAGAAGCCUGAGUGAAAGGUACGUAAUAGGGUCACUUUCCAACACUUAGGUAAAGUGAUCAAAUAUCAUGCAACUUAACCGCACUUUGGAAUAUGAUAAUUCUAUACGACACGUGCCAUAGUGAUCGAAGUUUACAAUGUUCUGCUUUUUCUCUUAGA